AAAAGCGAGUAUAGCGAGUACAAACUCACAACAAUAUUUUACAAUUUUAAAUACGAAUAAAGGAAAACGGUUAGCCGUUACGAAUGUCGAACGAUAAAAUAUAAUGGCGUCUUUGCAUAGUGUCGUGUUCUCGUUAAUUCUGUGAAUGAAAUUAAUUCGUGAUUGCAAACACUUAAUAAAAUCAACGUAGAUAGCACAAAGACGGCAGUAUUAAUUCUUCUUACAAAUACUGGUUAAUGUAAUUAUAAUAUUUGCUUAUAGCAAUGCCUUCUGUAGUUUUGGACAAGGAGACGUUUUUUAAGCGGCUAAAACAAUUAUACAGUUUCUGGAAGAAAGAGAAAGAUGAAAAUGUUGAAAUUUUAUCUGGUGUCGACGCUUUUUCAUGUGCUGUUGGAGUUGAUGAUUAUACUAUGUAUAGCAAGUCAUCUUCCUUACAGAUUUGGCUUUUCGGGUACGAGUUAACUGAUACAAUAUCUGUAUUUACAUCAGAAGGCCUUCACGUUAUGGCUAGCAAAAAGAAAGUCGAGUUUCUAAAACCAGCCGAAAAUGUCAAGGAUUCUGAUUCUCCGGUUGUUCGACUUAUAACAAGAGAAAAAGGCGGCAAUGACAAAGAUGGAUUUGAAAAAUUAAUUAAUGCUAUUAAAAGUAGCAAAAAAGGUAAAUCAGUUGGAAUUUUUGGAAAAGAAAAGUAUCCUGGUGCUUUUAUGGAUUCGUGGAGAUCAGAAUUUAAUAAUGGAGGGUUUGAAACGGUGGACAUAAGUGCUGUAAUAGGAUAUAUCUUGAGUGUUAAAGCUGAAAAUGAAAUUACCUUGAUGAAAAAAGCCAGUUUAAGCUCAGUCGAUAUGUUUAAUAAAUAUCUCAAAGAACAAAUUAUGGAAAUAAUUGAUUCAGACAAGAAAGUAAAGCAUACCAAGCUAGUUGAAGGUCUCGAAGGAGCUAUAUCAGAGAAAAAAUAUUUACCAACAAAUGUUGAUCCAACUCAAUUAGAAUUUUGUUAUCCUCCUAUAAUACAAAGUGGAGGAAAUUACGUUUUAAAAUUUUCAGCUGCAAGUGAUAAAAAUAUAUUACAUUUUGGAGCUAUUAUAUGUAGCUUAGGAAUCCGAUACAAAUCAUAUUGUUCUAAUCUGAUAAGAACUUUACUCGUUAACCCUACAGAAGAAAUGCAGUCGAAUUACGAGUUCUUAACAAAUUUACAAGAUGUCCUCGUAUCAGAACUAAAGUCAGGAAAUAAAUUGUGUAACGUAUACAACACUGGACUGGAAUACGCAAAAAAGCAAAAACCGAAGCUUAUUGAUUAUUUAACAAAAAAUUUUGGGUUUGCAAUGGGUAUUGAGUUUCGCGAAACUUCAUUGAUGAUAGCACCGAAAACAACUGCUCUAGCUAAAAAAGGUCAAAUUUAUAAUUUGUGUGUCGGCGUGUCGGGGCUAACAAAUAAAGAAGCUACGGAUAAAGAGAGCAAAGUGUACGCCUUAUACGUUGGAGACACCGUUUUAGUCAACGAUGAUACGCCAGCUACUCUGUUGACUCCAUCUAAAAAGAAAUUAAAAAAUAUAGCUAUAUAUUUAAAUGAAAACGAUGAUGAAGAAGAAGAAGAUGAUGAAAAAGAAAAUGAACCAAAACAAGAACCAAUCGUUGGCAGGGGUAAAAGAACGGCAGUGUUAGAAUCAAAACUUAGAAUGGACUCGUCAAGUGAAGAAAAACGGAAAUUGCAUCAAAAAGAAUUGGCUAUUGCUUUGAACGAAGCAGCGAAACAACGAUUAGCAGAACAGUCUGGCGGUAAACAAUCCCAGAAAGUAAGAAAGUCUAAUGUGUCCUACAAAAGCAGAAAUCAGAUGCCCCAGGAGAGAGAUGUUAAAGAUCUUAAAAUUUAUGUUGAUAAGAAAUAUGAAACUAUUAUACUUCCAGUAUUUGGUAUUCCUGUCCCAUAUCAUAUAUUCACAAUUAAAAACAUUUCCCAGAGUGUCGAAGGUGAUUACACAUAUUUGAGAAUAAACUUUUUCCAUCCUGGAGCAGCUUUGGCUAAAGGGGAAAGUUAUUUCCAAAAUCCCGAAGCAAUGUUUGUUAAAGAAUUAACUUACCGAAGCUCAAAUACGAGAGAACCUGGCGAACAAACUACGGCUUCAACUAACUUGAUGAACGCUUACCGGCUAAUCAAAGAAGUACAAAAAAAAUUCAAAACUCGCGAACAAGAAGAAAAAGAAAAAGAAGAUUUGGUUAAGCAAGAUACUCUAUUAUUGUCUGUAAAUAAAGGUAAUCCGAAAUUGAAGGAUUUGUACAUUCGGCCAAAUAUCGUCAACAAAAGAAUGACAGGUACAUUGGAGGCACAUACGAAUGGAUUUCGGUACACGUCUGUCAGAGGUGAUAAAGUUGAUAUCCUGUACAACAAUAUUAAGAAUGCGUUUUUCCAACCGUGUGACGGUGAAAUGAUAAUUUUGUUACAUUUCCAUCUAAAACAUGCUAUUAUGUUUGGAAAGAAGAAACACUUGGAUGUACAGUUUUAUACAGAAGUCGGUGAAAUAACUACUGAUCUUGGUAAACAUCAACAUAUGCACGAUAGAGACGAUUUGGCAGCGGAACAGUCUGAACGUGAAUUGCGUGUCAAAUUGAAAACCGCUUUCAAAAGUUUUUGUGAAAAAGUAGAAUCGGUUACCAAGCAAGAAAUUGAAUUCGAUACACCAUUUAGAGAUUUGGGUUUUCCUGGGGCACCGUUCAGGAGUACUGUUAACCUGCAACCGACCAGUGGUUGUCUCGUAAAUUUCACCGAGUGGCCGCCAUUUGUUAUUACCUUAGAGGACGUUGAACUUGUUCAUUUUGAACGUGUCCAAUUUCAUUUGAAGAAUUUCGAUAUGAUUUUCGUUUUCAAAGAUUACCAGAAGAAAGUUGUUAUGGUCAACGCCAUUCCUAUGAACAUGUUGGAUCACGUAAAAGAAUGGCUCAACUCUUGUGAUAUUCGAUACUCGGAAGGUAUUCAAUCGUUAAACUGGACUAAAAUCAUGAAAACAAUAACUGAUGACCCCGAAGGGUUCUUUGAAAAUGGCGGUUGGACUUUCCUUGAUCCUGAAUCCGAUGAUGAAGAAGGAGGAGCAGAUGAAGAGUCAGAAGAAGAUGAACCAUAUGAGCCUACUGAUGUCGAAUCUUUUGAAGAAUCUGACGAUGACGGAUCAGAAUAUUCUGAAGCUUCUGAAGAUUCAGACAGUGAAGAAGAAGAGCUAGGGUCGUCUGAUGAAUCCGGUAAGGAUUGGUCAGAUUUAGAGAGAGAAGCUGCCGAAGAAGAUCGAGAUAGGAGCGAGUUUCAAGAUGAGUAUUCUAAGAAAAAAAUGAGUAGCGGGGGUCGCUUCCCUAGUUCCUCUUCUCACAAGAAAUCCAGUAGUGAUAAACACCACAGUCCAAACAAAAGUAAAUCAUCUUCUCAUCAUCGCUCAAGUAGUAGUCAUUCGAGUCCAUCCAAAAAUAAAUCCUCAUCGUCUCAUCACAAAUCAAGUAGUAGUCAUCAUCAUAGCAGUAGCAGCCCAAGUAAACACAAGUCGUCUGGUAGUGAAAAACGUCGACACGACGGUGGUGGUGACCGCCACUCUUCAAAGAAGUUCAAGAAAUAAGAAGUGAACUGGAAUAUUCAUCGAAAACGAUAUUACUACUCAAAUGGAUGUAUAAUUUGGAGAUUGUGUGUGCAGGGAAUAUAAAUUGUAUUUUACCUGUUAAGAAUAAUUUUCCGUUUUAUUAUUUUUUUUACUAUAUGAGCAUCUCAAAUGUAUUAAUAUUAAUGUAUGUUAAGCAACACUUUUGUUUUGUAAUAUAUUUGUAAUGAAAAAUAAUUUCUCGAAUACGUGUUUUGUACUAAAAUAUGUAAGACAUAAUUUAUCAACCACAAAUGUAAAAUAAUUAUUCAGAUUUUUUUUCAUUUUGUUAUCGCA